CGCUCGUCUGCUGUGUUGAUACUGAUCAAAAUGGCUGCAGAGGCUUGAUCCUGAUCCGACACUCUCAGCGCUUUAUCUGGACACUCCGAAUUUAUUCCUGGAUAUUUUCACUGUCGUUUUAAAAACAUCUCUGGAUUUUCCCACACAACUGCAGCCAGGCUGCUCACCGCAUCGCUAGCCAUCUUUAUUUUUUGCACUUUAAUGAAACCGCUUGCAUCGCAUAAUCUCACGUCAGUCUACCAGACAGUAGCAGCUUUAAACUGCCUUCUUCGUUUUGCACCGUAGAAGAGAUUAUAUUUCUAAUGACCAAUUUAUGCCACUGUACUUGACAAACUGCCUCUCCAUUUUAAUGUAUUCUUUUCUGUCUUUUCGCGGGUAUUUCGUAGCGUAUAUGUCAUGGAAAUGUCUGCUGUUUUUUCCAGCAUGCAUGCAUGCAUGCAUCUAUAAUCUCCAUCAGAGCCCAAAGCUCUGAGUUUGCAUAGAUUUGACGUCAGUCCUUUUCUCUUUGCAUAUUGAAUUUUGUUUUUUGUUUUUCGUAAUUGCUGCCUUUUUGGGACACUUUCGGAAGUACAGCUGCUCAUUUAGUACAGUGUUUUUUGGCUCAGUCUGUUUUUACGGGUACUUUUUUCCGCGAAAAAAACAACAACAACAACAUGCAACUGAAAGCUGCCAAAGCUCGACUUGUGAACAAAAAGCUAAGAGAAGGUGAACAUCACAAGGAGAGAACCAAUUGAUGGAAGAAAAGAAAAGCAAGAAGAGACAAAGAAGGAUACUGCGCAGAAACCGGAUACUGAACAGAAAACCAAAGUGCCAGACUCUGUUAAACCCAAUCCCAGCAUCCUUUCAAGCCCCAUUCUGACCCUGAACCUGACUGUACCCUCUUCUGCCGCCAUCAGCAAUGGCAAGCGUAGCCCUUGUAAUUCCCUACAACAGCAGUUACCUCCAUUACAGCAGCCCAGUCCCCGACAUGUGUCCAGAGAGGUUCCUCCACGCUUCCAACAGCAGGAGCAUAGGCAGCUACUGAAGAGGGGUCAACCUUUACCUACAGGCGCUCUGAACCCGACCUCUGCUUGCACUCAGUCCGGGGUCAUCUCCCCUCCCGAGACGCCCACCAGCAAACGGCACACGGGACUUCCCCCUCAAAGUGGACAGGGAGACCAGCAUUAGAAUUGUCUUUGGAGCAUCCCAGUCAACAAAAGCAACAGCAGAAACCGGAAUAAAGUGAUUAUUAACUGUAACAAUACCAAAACUUGGCCUUCCAAUACAUACGGCAAGAUACCAGAAUGCACCUUGGAUGCUGAACGCACAUCAGAGGUUGUCAGCAACAGUAGCAGCACUAUUAUGGCUACAGGAACUAGCCAGCAGGGUCAUUACCCAAUCAGCAAAGCCAGCAUUAAUCUAUCUUCUUGCAGUGUCUCUAGUCAAAGUGGCCCUACCAGGGGCUGGGUCUUAGAGGAAAAGAUUGACUUGUCCAUGGGCAGUAGAGGGCAGUCCAACUGGGGUGCUUCUAAUCUGAACCUAAACCCUAGUGCCAACCCUGCUGCUUGGCCAGCUCUUGGACAUGAGGGAGCUGGGGUAGGAUCAGGCCCAAGUAGCAUGGUUUGCUCAAAUCCACUUUCGCUUAGUAUGUGUGGCCAAGGAGGAGUGGCACCACAUCACGGCACUAACGGAAAUGGUAGCAUUGGUUGUGUCAGUGGAAACCUAGUAGGGGACUGUGCAUGGGGCAGCCCGGAUAUCCCAGAACAGCAUCAGUCACCCACAAAUGUAUCUUUCAACAUGAAACCUCCUAACCUUAAAACUGAAGGACCAAAUAACACUAAACCAGAGCCAAUGAGUCCAGUGAACAGCUGGAGAGAAAAUCGUAGUCAGUCACCUACUGAGCCUGCCAGUGAAGAUGGAACUGCCUUCUGGGGCAACGGAGAUGCCAAAAAGGGAGACUCAAAGGACUCAGGCUGGGAUUCUGCAGGUGUCUCCUCUUGGGGGCAAGGAGGAGCUAGCAGUAGUGGCGGCUGGGGUGAAUGGGGCAAGCAACCAAGCACUGAAGGUACGGGAUGGAAUGUUAAUGAUGGUCCUUCGCAGGAACAUAUGAGUUCCUGGGGCCCUGAUAAUCCAGCUAGUGAGGGCAGCAGGGAUAGUAGUGAGGGCCACCCAAGAAGAAGAGAGAGGUCCUCAAGUGAUGAUUUGGCCCCUUUGCUCCCGAGACAGGACUUGGACCCACGUGUCCUUUGUAACACAGGCUGGGGACAGACACCAGUUCGCCAAAACACUGUUUGGGAAAUGGAAGAAAGUCCAGACAAAAAGAAUGUUGCAGGGAAAGAGGUCUGGGGGUCUUCCUCCAACACACCUUCAACUGGACCUGCACCACCUCCUUCUGGAUGUGCCAGUCCCAACCUCAGAGCACCUCCUAGAAUGGAGACAAGCAAGAGUGAGGGACCUUGCAGAGCUAUGCCAAAUGCAGGCUGGGUAGAAUCAGUCCCAGUCUCUGCUCAGCCUCAGCUCAACAGUGGAUGGGAGGAACCACCUGCAAAUAAAAAGGUUCCUAAUGGAUCCGUAUGUGGCUGGGGUGAUCGUAUUGCUGAAGUUCCCAAUACCAAUGGCUGUAAUAGCCAAUCUUGGCCUGAAGAAAAGUCCACUAGCUGGGAUGAUGGUACUUCUCAGACGAAAAAACAAGGUUGGGGUGAUGGAAACAAAACUUCCUCAGGAUGGGGAAGUACUGGCAAUGGGAAUAGUGGAGAGUGGAGUGACCCUUCAGAAGUGCAGAAGAACGGCUCUGGAAGUUCCUCUUGGGAACCUGACAAAAGAAACUGGAAAGAAACCCAGAGAGAAUGGGGUAAAGCAGCACCAGCACAGUGUGGUAGUUGGGGUGAUGCCCAACAUUCCAAUGGUUCAACACAAGGUUGGGGUGGAAAACUUCAGACAUCCACAUCUGGCAACGGUGGAGCUGGAGGCAUAGGGUCAUGGGGUGGUCCAAAUUCUGUGAAACAGAACAACCCUAGCUGCGCAUUAGGAGGCCGACAGGAUACGGGAGAUGAGACCACAGGCUGGGAAGAUCCUUCUCCUUCUUCUAUUCGUCGCAAAAUGGAAAUUGAUGAUGGGACCUCCACCUGGGGUGACCCCAGUGCUUACAGUAAUAGUGUAAACAUGUGGGACAGGAAUAACUCCCAAAAUCAUCCGGGAACCGGCAACAGUGAUAGCCUCACUGGUUCAAACAAUAAUAGCAAUCCCCACCAACAUCACAGCCAAGGUCCUUCUCAGAACCAUGUCAGUGGUAGCAACAACAAUGGCUCACCAAAUCAAGGUGAAUCUCCUCUCAACAGAAUGUUCAUAGUAAACCCUGGCUGGGGAGAGCUCCCUAAUGUACAGCCAAACACAGAACCCACUUCAUGGGGUGAGCCAGCCAAUUCUAACACUUCUGAGGACAAUGGAACUUCAGCUUGGGGCCAGCCCUCUAGGGGCUGUGGGGGAUUGGGUGAAGGUGGCCAUGACUCCAAUGGACCUUAUGGCAGAGGAAAUGCACUUGCUGGAUCAGGCUCCUGUCAGGAAUGUCCCAAAUCUAUGCAAGAUCACUGGGGAUCAGGAGGGGAAGAGAUUGGCAUGAAUACUGGCAAAUGGGAUGCUGAUGAUGCUGACAUGUGGAGCAUUCCUACAUCCCAAGACUCCACUUGUAACUCCUGGGGUCAAUCCAAGACGGGCCCACAAAGGGGCAAGGUCUCCAACAAGCAGGAUGAUGUUUGGAUUAUGACCAGACUUAUAAAGCAGCUUACAGAUAUGGGGUUUCCAAAGGAUCCUGCAGAAGAAGCCCUAAAAAGAAACAAUAUGAAUCUGGAUCAGGCCAUGAGCGCUUUGUUGGAGAAGAAACGUGAACUGGACAAAUGGGGGAUGGGCAUGUCAGACUACAGUAAUGGAAUGAAGUCCAUAGUGUGCCGACCCACAAACCUCUCCAAAGACCCCUCACUGGAUCGUUCCCCCUUCUUGGACAAGGAUGGAAGGCUGUCAGAUGAUGCUUCAUCUUCACCGUUUAUGCCUUCUCCUGGCCUCAAGCUCCCACUGGCCAAUAGCAGCCUCCCUAACCAUGGAUUGGGUGGAAUCUCCUCUGGCUUGUCCAUGCAAAACUUGAACAACAGACAGAUGCAAAAUGGAAUGUUCGGCACUAACGGAGCAGCACAAACUCGGGUCAUGCAGCAGCAGGCCCCGCCCCCUCAGCCACCAGUGCCACCACUUAGCUCCGCCCAGCCUAAUCUACGUGCUCAAGUGCCUCAGCUUUUCACCCCUCAGGUUCAAGCACAGCUCUUACAGUUUGCGGCAAAAAACAUUGGACUGAAUCCUGCACUUUUAACCUCACCAAUAAAUCCUCAGCAAAUGACCCUGCUGUACCAACUACAACAACUGCAAGUGGCGUAUCAGCGUUUGCAGAUUCAGCAGCAAAUGAUGCAGGCUCAGCGUAAUGUCUCUGGUCCCAUCAAACAACAAGAGCAGCAAGUUGCACGUACAAUCACAAACAUGCAGCAGCAGAUCCAGCAGCACCAGCGUCAGCUGGCCCAGGCCCUGCUUAUGAAACAGCAGCAGCCUCCAUCUUCCUCUCACAUUGGCCUGUACCCAAACCUUGGCAAGGCCAGCCUGGACACUUUUAUGGGUCACCCUCAGACUUCAGGCCUCUCCGUCUCAGACCUGCAGACCAAAGAGCAGCAGUCUUCUCCAAACUCCUUCAGCCCUUAUACACUCUCUGGUUUGAACCCGAACAUGAAUGUAAACUGUAUGGAGGUGGGAAGUCUAUCUCUUAAAGACCCCCCUCAGCCUCAGUCCCGGCUCUCACAGUGGACUCAUUCAAACUCCAUAGAUUCCCUGUCAGCUAGCACUCAGCACAUGGAGGCAAACCACAAUAAGCACGGUUCAAUAUCUUCUGCUCAGUCCCAUGUGCCUGUCAGAAAGAGCACCAUGGAAGAUUCCUUCAGCCCAUACAAUCUGAUGUCAAGAUCUGAAUCCCCCACCAGCACCUUGGUGUCUCCAGACAGCUGGACACAGGGCGGAAGACCCAAUGAGAAAAUAUCUAGUAACUCCAGUGUCAACUGGCCUCCUGAAUUCUGCCCUGGGGUGCCAUGGAAAGGUCUGCAGAAUGUUGACCCCGAGAAUGACCCCAACAUGACCCCAGGAAGCGUUCCAAGUGGCCCCACCAUUAACACUAGCAUACAGGAUGUGAAUCGCUACCUGUUACGUGACAGGAAUGGAGCCUUAUCCCCAUCUCAGAAUGGGACUAUGUCUUCCUCGAGUGAGUGGCUAGUCAGUGCCUGUAACUCGUUUGGUCUGUCCUCUCAGAACGAAAGGGAUGCUAACAAUUCAGGUAAACUCUUGGAAAUGAAGUCUACUUGGUCCCCUGGACCCAUCUCCCACACACAGGCCUCUUUAUCUCAUGAGUUAUGGAAGGUUUCCCCAGGGACACGUAACUCCAGUGCUCCCUCACGUCCCCCUCCAGGUCUGACCAACACCAAGCCCUCCUCCACCUGGGGAGGGAACUCUCUUGGCCUCAGCCAGGGCUGGAACAGCUCGUACUCCUCAGAAGGAGGAACUUGGAGCACUGACAGUUCCAACAGAGGAAGCAGCUGGCUGGUGCUGAGAAACCUCACUCCUCAGAUUGAUGGCUCCACCCUGCGGACUCUGUGCAUGCAGCACGGCCCUCUCAUUACCUUCCAUCUGAACCUGACACAGGGCAUUGCUGCUGUACGUUACAGCUCCAAGGAGGAGACUGCCAAAGCCCAAAAAUCCCUGCACAUGUGUGUGCUGGGUAACACUACCAUCCUGGCAGAGUUUGCCAGUGAGGACGAUGUGAACCGCUUCUUUGCACAGGGCCAGUCCCUCACCCCCACCACCAGCUGGCAGGCCAGCCAAGCACCAGGCUCCAAUCAACCCCGGCUGGGCAACCCUGCUGCCAGCCACCCCACAGGCCUCUGGAGCAGGGGUGGAGGAGGUAGAGGUACCAAGACAGUCUGUAGUACCGGGAACAGCAACAGCGGACAUGGAGGCAACCUGCUGUGGGGCAGUGGGCCACAGUACUCCAGUUUGUGGGGUCCCCAAAAUGAAGACGAUGCCAGGGUAAUUGGCAGCCCCAUCCCAAUGAACACUCUGCUCCCGGGAGACCUGCUGAGCGGAGAGAGCAUGUAAGAUGUAUCAGACAUCAUAGACCAACAAAGUCAAGAGCCCUAAUGGAUUAAAACCCAAGCAAAUCAAUGUGGCGAUAAUCACUUUCUGUGGAGCUAUAAUGGAGGUUUAAGGUGAAACAAAGCUGCAAACCAUCCACUGCUGUUUAUUUGUCCUGUUUUUAUUUUUUUUUUGACGUCAGACUGUUUGUUGUGUUUGUGGAUUUUGUUCUUAGUGUUCAAAGACCUUGAGAAGCAAGAAUCAAUAGAAGCAGAAGCCUUUUGAUGCACUUUUAUUUCCAAAGGGUUUUUUGCUCAAAAGUGUAGUUCAGGAGAAGCCAUCAACGAGGCAGCCAUCUGAAAGCGACCCAGGCACAGUGAAACCUCACGACACUCUGUAACGACACUGUUCUGAUGAUUGAAAUGAUCCUGGUACUAUUUGGUUUUAAACUUUGCAGUUUCUUCAGAACUUCUAUUAGCCAUAAGUGCUCUCUCUCCAGUUCCUCCUUAAAAACUUAUUUUAUAAAACAAAACAAAAAAAACUUUGUAUCUUGCACAGUUCUGUUUCUGAGCCAGCGAAUAGGCCAGAGCAAAUGAGAAGAACACUCCUAGCAGUGGCCUGUCAGCGUGACGAAUCACCAAUGAUCUUUUUUCUUCAAUUAUCUUAGUUUUACAAAAGGGAGCUGCACUGCUCUAUGAUUUCUAUUUACUCAAGCCAGUCGGUGUUUUGUUUUUUAAUAUGUGUAUGGUUAAAAAAAAAAUAAGCUGGAUUUUAAGCUUUGAUGUAGAUGAAUGAAUGUCAAUGUCUGCUGGAAUUUGACCAAGCAUCUGUGCACGAGUACAUAACCACUGUCAAAAACACUCAGUGGAGGCUUUUUUUUUUUUUUUAUACCUAAUGGACUUCAGUGCUGAAUCAAUCAGAAGUUAUACAGUUACUAUGUUAUGGAUCUGAUCUGCCAUUGUAUUGAGAGACAACCGAGACAAGAAACUCAUUCUGAUGCAUUGUGCAAUAGAAGCCAGAGACCCUUUCUUCAGUCCAAACUGAAGCUUACUGAAACUUAAGACUCCUCUUUUCUCUCUCUCUCUCUCUCUCUCUCUCUCUGGAAGAUUUUGGAAGAAUUUAACCUCUGAACUGAUUUUCCCACCUCGCCUCUGUUUGUCUGGCUUGCUGGCGUUUCGGUAUUUGCGUGGAAAGGAGGAACUGUUAAUUGUGUUUGACGUCACUCCAUGCAUAAACUCAGCAUGUGUGGGAUAACACAGUCUCCCAGCCACUUCUUCACCGAACAGAAACGGAAUCCAGAGCGGAGGCACAUGACACGGGAAUCAGGCACAAUACCAAAUACAAUGGGUUUCUCUUAAUGCAGUAUAGAGUAAGAGAACUUAGCAUUUGGUACAAACAUAAAAUACAUCUGUGCGUUCUAUGUCUCUUCUUAAAUGGGGUAUUAUCAUAGCACUUAUUACAGUUAUGCGUAUGGUUAAAAAAAACAACAAAAAAAAAAACUUCUUAGGGCAACUUUUUUUUUUUUGUUUUUUUUUUUUUUUAACCUUACUGGUAUUCAGAAAAACAUAUUUGUCUGUACUUUUCCACCCUCUGUAUCAAAGUGAAUGUCAUUGUUACUCGAAUGAAAGUCAGAUGUCUUUAUCUGUCUGAAGAAGGCUCCCCGAUUUGGUUGGAUUUGAAAAGGAGGAUGUGUGGUGUGUUAGUGCCUCAGUGUGUGAACUUAAAAGGCAAACUCUCUCCGCACACCUAGUACAAUGGAAUGCAAAAAAGGACAUUAAUGACGUCAUGAUGUGGAUGUUGUCCUCAUCCUUUAUCAUUUGCGUCCUUGUUGUAGUAAUUUGGGUACGGAUCUUCAAAUGUCUCCCCGUUCCUUCUCUGGAUAACAUCACACCUCAUGCGCCGUUACCUACUCCUUCCCUUCGCGUGGUCUUGUGUGAUGUUUUUCGCUGGAGUUUGAGACUGAAUGGAAUUGCCAGUGUUGUGAACUUCAUGCAGUGAUCUUUAACUGCCUUGCAGUGCUCAUAUGCAGAUACACUUUAAAAGGGGUGCCUCUGUAAAGUUUUCCUGUGUAAGGAAUGGAAACGAAAAUCAAUGAUGUGGGCCAUAUUUGUUUUUGUUGUUAACAGUGUUCUUAGUUAAUUUAGGCCUCUUUUGUUGAUGUGCAUGUGUGACCUCACCCUGGGUUUCCCACCUCUAACUCAGCUGCUAGCAUUCUCUUUCUCUUAUGUGGCCUCAGUGAAGCCAACCCUGUAAUCGAGACAAGCCACUCAUACUUGAAAAAGCCCAGUGUUUCUAUGGCCAGACUCUUUCUGCCACUGGUUCUUUAACUAUAGCACAUGCCAUGCAGUCACUAUGCAAAGUUAGAGAAGAUGGGCAAGUAAUGUCCGUCCUGUGCCAAUCUGUGGCUUCGAAAGAAAGUUGGAAAUAUCUCACAGUCCUCCUCCCGUAAUACUUUCUUACAUGUUGUCUGACACUAAGCCAGUUUUAUUUUUGGAGGUCUGUGUGUUAAUUCUGCUGAAUUUGAUCAAUCUCAUUUCAGUAUAAUCUCAGGGCAUGACAGGAUUUGCUAAAUUUAUGUUUAUUGAAAGCCGAUCGUUUUGGAGAUUUAUCAUUAGUAAGCUUUACACAUCAAAUGAUGUGUAUGAAGCUUAUAAAGUGUACAUUAAAGAAACGCAAGAGGAUAUUUAUCAGUGGGGCAAUACAUUUAGGAGGGUGGCUAGUUUAGGUUUUCUCAAUCCCUUUGAAUAGGGACUGCUGCAGAGCCAAUAGUUUGUUUAUACAGUAAAUGGGACCUGUGUAUCUCACCUCUCUGCUGCUGGUUGUGUUGAAUUCUCCUUAUGCUCUCAUGUGCCAAUAUAUACAUAGAUAUAUGUAGAGUACACUGUGGCAUCUCUUGACUUCACCUCUUAAAUUCCAAUGUGUGUCGUUUUGUUGUUGAGCACUUCUGUUGGGUGGCACUUUGAUGAUUGUUGUGUGUUUGAGGUGGGAUUGGAUUCAAAAGGGUUGAGGAUAUUCGUCAGAUAUUUUUCACCUCAUGCUGGUUAUUUGUGAUAAAUCUUGUUACUGUCAUUGGAAGAAUCCUUAAUAACAAACAAGAACUUUAACAGCAUUGGGGAUUAUGGUAUGCUAAUGGCAUACUUUUUUGAAUACCAAAAAAUUUAAUAGCAUUUUAAUAUCUUUUUAGUAUUAUAAUUUUUUUUUUCAUACAUAUAAAAGUUUGACAAAAACACGUGAACAAUGAAGGAAAAUGAUCUAUAACAUUUAAAAAUGCACUUCUUGCUGAAAUUAUCUCCUGUUUGCUGGUCAAAUUCUGAAGGUUGACAGCAAGCUGGAGUGCCUUUUGUGUAUGCUGUAUUAACCGUUUGUUUGUAUAAAAAAAAAAAAAAAAAUUGGGGCCCCGACCUGUACAUUUCCAUCUCAGUCUCUGUUUUUUUGGGCCUUUAUGCUGUAUAAACCUUUUUUUUUCUUCUUCUUCUUCUUCUUUUGGGAAAAUACAUUUCAACAGAUGUGUCUUAAGAUAAUAACAUUGUUCAUUGACUUAUUUUUUUUUUUGCUUCUGGGUGGGGUGGGGGGUCACUGUUGCCUGUGUAUGUAACUGCCUUGUUCCUAACUCAGUUGCAGCUGGCUGACAGUGAACCACAAUGUGGCUGUAAUUCCAAACAGUCAAAGUCUCUGGUGAAACCAGCAUAGGUAGACUACAGCUAAACAUUAUCCUGUAUAUUAUCACACUUAUUAUGUAGAAAAAUGAAUCUCUGAUUCCUUCCCUUUUGAAACUACUGGGUGAAAUAUAAUUUGAAAUAAGCAAUAGACCUUGAUCCUUACAGUGUGUCAUUCAAGAGAAUUUGCCUAAAGGGAAAAAAACAACAGAGCGAUUAAUGAUAGAUAUGAACCAAAUAGUCUUAAUGGAGUAGCAUGUUGAAAAUGAAAUGACACAGGACAUACAUGCAGUAUUUGUGUAUACCUAUGUUGAAACCCAUAAUUAUGAACCAUGUUUUUGUCUCUGUGCAGAGAAUGAAAAGAAUGAAAAAUCAUAAACAUAUCAAAAGAUAUAUCUUCACCGAUACUUGAAUUAAAGUGCGCCAAUUUUAAAAUGUGAA